CCACAUUGGAGCCUAUUAUGUCGACCACAAUACCAAGAGCACCCAGUUGGAGGAUCCGCGGGCCCAGUGGCAACGGGAGCAGGAGCUCAUGUUGCGGGAUUAUCUGAACGUGGUUCAGGAAGCGUUGAGUGCCCAAAAGGAGAUCUACCAGGUCAAAGAACAGCGACUUCACCUGGCCCAGCAGGAAUAUCGGCAGCUAAAUGAUGCUUGGCGGGACAAGUCGUCCUCACAGACAAGCUUAAAUUCCAGAUCCUCAUCAAGCAGUAAAUAUGACCCUGAAAUCCUCAAAGCGGAGAUUGUUACAGCAAAAAGCCGGGUAAAUAAGCUGAAGAGAGAUUUGGCCUGUAUGAGGCAAGAACUUCUUUAUAAGGAGCAAGGCUUUGAGACAUUGAAAGAAAUUGAUCACAAAGUAUCCAGUGCCUCGCAUGGCUACAAACUCCAUGAAGCCCAGGCCAUCCUGAAGGAGGUGAAGACUAUUAAAGAUGCCAUCAGCUCUGGGGAGAAGGAGAAACAGGAGCUCAUGCAGAAACUGGCUGUGCUGAAGGAUGGUUUCCAGUUAGAAUAUGGCUCUCAGUCUGACCUGUGGGCCAGCAAUCCAUCCUUGGCCAACUCGAAUCUCUCUCUGCCCCGUCUCUACUCAGAUGCCGAGUCUCAAACAGACGUACCUGCUGAGUUUGUAUCAAACUCAAAUAAACUGGCUGAGAAGGUACGACUGAGCCUGAAAUAUGAGGAGGCAAAAAGAAGGAUUGCAAAUAUUGAGGUCCAGAUUGCCAAGCUGGAUAGCGAAGCAUGGCCAGGCCUUCUGGAUCCAGAGAGAGAUCGCUUGAUCCUCAUCAACGAGAAGGAAGAGCUGCUAAAGGAACUGCAGUACGUAACGCCGUGCAAGCGUGCACCCAGUGAGGCAGAGAAGAUUGAGACAGAAAAGAAAAGACUCGAGAAGGACCUGCAAGCUGCACGGGACAACCAGAGCAAAGCACUGACCGAGAGGUUAAAGCUGCACUAUAGAAGAAACAAACUAGUGAAGGAGCUGGAAGAGACGGUGAGGUUGGCGUCUUCCCUGCACACCCAGCUGAAAAGUCUGUCAGCCAGCACGCUGUCAUGUUCCUCAGGCAGCAGCCGUGGAUCGUUGACUUCCAGUCGAGGAUCCCUUGCCAACUCCAGCUUGGGGUCCACUUCCUCUCUCAGCUUUACAGACAUCUACCUGGAGCAGCCCGAACUGGGCGACCCUGACUUCCAGAACAAACUGGACUCAAUUUUGCAGGAGGGAAGCUCCUCUGGCUACAGGCCCUCCAGCUCCAUCACCACAAUCCAUGAGAACGAGGUGUCAUCCUCCUCCAGGCAGGUCGGCAGUGGGCCGGGGAUGGGCCAGAGAACCCAAGUACUGCGGCUAUCGGAGACACCUCUCUCCAUGAGCUCCUUGUCCCCACGUUCCUCGCUGUCUUCCCUCUCUCCUCCUUGUUCGCCCCUUGUUACCGAUGCUUCCUUCCUGUCGGGAGAGGCCUUCUCUGGUCCGGCCUCACAGUUGGAUUUAGAUCUGCAAACUAGGCUGAUGGAGCUACGGUUAGAAGAGGACCACCAACAAGAUGCUGUUACGCAAACAAGAAUGUCUGGGCCUGGUUCGAAGAAGGCAGGAGUAACGUCUGCAGUGUCUGACGAAUCAGUAGCAGGCGAUAGCGGGGUAUACGAGCCCUCUGAAAAAAGAUCGGGGCUUCCUGUCGAGCAACAGCUGGGUUAUGAUGACGGGAGCUCAGCAAGCAGUUCUCAGAUCAAACUCGGCCUGAAGUAUGAAGCGAAAGACAAGAGAUUCACAGUGUUCGUAAUGCAGCUCUCCAACUGUAGCGCACUCUCCCUGCCAGCCAACCAGAACAUAUAUAUCCGUGUAGUGGUAUUGCCGUGCUCAGAGCCCGUUCGCUGCCUGUUCCGCACCCACGGGGCUCUGCCGCAGGAACCCUUAGAGUUUAAGGAAGCGUUUAGCCUGCAGAUGUCCUCCGCUGCUCUCAGACAGAAGACCUUACGCGUGGAUGUCUGUAGCACACGAAAGUCUGGUCGAGAGGACUGUCUAGCUAGUGCGCAAAUCAGUUUGGCUGAUGAGGAGUAUUCAGAGGAAUGGUGCACAAAGUGGUACAACCUCCUCAACUGCACAUACUUGCCAGAAAUGGAUGGAAAGCACAAGGAAACAGAAGGCUCUGUUCAGCAAGAGCUGAUUUCAGCUCCCAGCACCUCAGAGAGCACUGUUGCACGCCUGGAGAACGCUUCUCUGGAGGACUGCCCCACAGAGGCUUUGGAGGGUGAUGUGUUUUUGGAUGAAGAAGGUAGUGAUGGUGAGGAGGAUGAGGAGUUUUACCCUGAUGACUGCCAGUGGGAACAGGAGGAAGAGCCAGUUAAACCUGGGCCAACAGCUGUCAUAACGGAAAAGGUGAAUAAAGAGACAAGUGUGGAUGGUCUUCCGCAUUCUGCCUCUGUAGUUCGGCCCAAGGAGCGGCGACAUGAUGUCCAUCAGCAAAACCCUUUUAUGCGAGGAAACACCAUCAUCCGGUCGAAGACAUUUUCCCCUGGACCUCAGAGCCAGUAUAUCUGCAGGAUCAACCGCAGCGACAGUGACAGCUCCACCCUGUCUAAGAAAUCUCCUUUCGUCCGGAACGCCUCAGAGAGACGCAGUGUUCGAAUGAAGAAGCCGCAGAUGCAGAUCAAAGGUCUGGACGGGCUCCUGCGCACCUCUCUAGAUCUGGAGCUGGACUUGCAGGUCAGUCGUACACGGCACAGCCGACUGAACGAGGAGCUGCAUGUGCUUCGGGAGCUAAAGGAGCAGUUAGAAAGCGCCCGGCAGCAGGGCCAGCACGUCCUUCCCACAUGGGUACAGGAAGACGAGCGCUUCCGUCUGCUACUCAAACAUACAGAGAGACAGACCCAUGAAGAGCAGCUACAGGAAAAGAGGGUAGAGAAGAUGAUGCGAGCAGCAGCUAAGGAUGUGCACAAGAUUCGUGGACAGAGCCUCAAAGAGGUUCCUGGAGUCCAGUCCUUUAGAGAGAAGAUGGCCUUCUUCACCAGGGCAAAGAUAAACAUUCCUGACCUACCAGCUGACGACGUGUAGAAGAUAUCCACCUUAACUGCUGUUUCCAUGGAGACAAAACUGACAUCUGGCGGUAUUAUGAAGAAUGAAGAUUGGUGUGACAGGAAGAUGUAUGUUGGGCAGGAAAAAUGUCAUUUUAAAACACUGGGUUUUAACUCUCAAAACUGAAAUUGUAUAGAUCCGUGUUUUUGUUUGUUUUUUAGUUAGAUUUAUUUUUUAAUUUCACCAUGUUCUGUUACUAAUAAGAGUAUGUCGGUAUCUGUACUAGGUAUUUUACUGGUCAUUCAAAAACACCAGUUCGUCUUUGAAACGAGUGUGAAACAUGCUGCUCUGCUAAUUGGGCAGAACUGCUUACUGUAACUUUUGAAGAUGUGAAUACAGAUACUUACGGUACUACUUCUGUUCAUAGCACAAAGGUUCAGGACAAAACGAACGGGCAUAAAUCCUGCUAUUCCAGUCACGUCCCUCUAAAACAAGCACAUCUGUCCACAUUUAUGUUCAACAGGAGUGUUUUUUUUGUUUUUUUUUAAGCAAUUGUGUAAACGGUUACAGAUGUUAGCAAGCAUGAAUCUAAAGCAUGAGUUAACUAGACCGGUUAGUAGAUUAAAUUGAUUGCUAACAGUUCUCCAUGUUCGUUUUGUUAAUUGCACAUGCAAAUAAGACACUUGUUAGUGCAAAUGUUCGUAAAAUGAUGUAGAAACUGCACUUAGUUCCACAGACUCUCAGGUAGAAUAUCAGAUAGUUCAUGCACUUUAAUAGAAAAAGGCAUCAAUAUAGAGAAUAAAGCAAAAAAAAAAGCACAUUGUGAACGCUAAGAUCGUACUUUCCCAUAUACUAGCUCUUGUUGAAUCUUUGGAAAACUUUAAGCGUCUUUUUAGGUUUUAAUUAACUUCCCAUUCUUGUUCCUACAGUGGCAUGCUCUAAUAGUGUCUCAGUUCUACUGGUUUGAAUCUCUUCUAAUCUAGAAACACCCUUCACAUCGCUUAACAUUUUAGCUCCAGACUACAAACAAGGCUUUGGAUGCUACUGAAAACAAAUGGUAGUCAUUUCAUUUACAUCAAAGCCAACAUCUUAACAUUUCUCAAAGCUUAUUGUAUUUUAAUUGCUACCUACCAGUACUAGAGGAGUCUUUGGUGUGUUGAAUCUCACAAAACGUAUAUUUCACCCUAUAAACAAAAGAAAAAUCGGAAAUUAUAUUUCGCUUAGGAUUUGCAUAAAAUAAAUAAAAUUAUUUGUAAUGUAAAAUUAUUUUGAUGAUACUUAACCACAUUUUCUGUAAUGUGAAGGAAAACUCAUUACUGUUACACAAUGUCCUCUGCAUUACUGUAAUGAGAUUUUUUUUUUUUUCUCUCUCAUUACUAUUUUUGUAAAAAAAAAAAAAAAAAAAAAGCGAAAUUCAGUACAGUAAAUACUAUCAUAAUGUAUAACUGCAAUUUAUAAAAUUUCUUAAGAAAAUACAUAAACUGUAAUAAUAUAUAUUAUCAUUUAUAUAUAGACUGAAAAUACAAUACAUAAGUAAUGCAACAGAAAUUAUUUUGACAUCCUUAAUGGACAUAAAAAAUCAAUCUAAUUUUUGUAAUUUCUUAUUUUUUUUAUCUUUUGAAUUUGGAGAAAAAUAUGACCUGGACAGUUUUUGUGAGAUUGACCUAUUUAUGAAGAACGGUGUUGAAAUUUGGAACUGUAUAAUUCCUGCGGCAGAAAAACGUCAACACAUCUAAGGCACUGAAAGCUGUGAAGGCACGCAGUUUAUAAUUCCCAUCUCUCCCUGUAAACACUUAAUAAUGUAUCGCACGCCACUGCAGAGAUCCGUUUGUGUAACAUUUGGAGACUCCUCAUACGCAGGGACUCACUGGUGAUUUGCAUUAUGUAAAUGAGCACUCCCUCUAUGCUAAUCUAAUAUUAAUUUUCACUAAACUCUUAAUCUACAUGGAAAAUGUUCAGUUACGUCUAAUUUUUUAAGUAUCUUGAUAAUGGAUGACUAUGAAUGUUACUAGCAUGUCAUUAAAACCCCUUUGGAACAAUAGCUUUGCAUCACAGGCCAAGAUGUUAGUCUGAAUGUAGCACUUUAAAAAAAAAUCCCCAAUUGUUGCGACGCUUUAUUUGAUAUGGAUUGUACAUAAUGUUGGCCUAAUUUAACCAGUUAUGAUUGGUAUUACCAGCCCAAUUUCAUUGAUUUUGCUCAUGUUUAAAUGUUACGUGAAAUCUCCAUUUGAUCUACAUCGUAUUAGGCUAAGGUGUAGCUCAUGAGACGUGCUCUCGACGUCUUUGUUUUGCAUUCGCUCAGUUCCCCACUGGUACGCUUUCCCAUGUACAAUUAUGUUCUUAAUGAGUUCCUCCUGUGCUUCAUUAUGUCUUUGUUCCUCAAGGAAAUAUUGAAUGUACUGUCCUUGGCUCAACCUCAAAUCAACUGUCAUUGGAAUUGUAGGAACGAAAUUUCUGCACUCAUUAUAUGGACUAUGAUAUGCUCCAAAAUGAUACCACAAUGUCUGAAACUAAUGUGAAGUCUGGUACGGAUGGUCCACAAGCCCAUCUUCAUCUGCAAUGCACAUAUGCAUAUAGCCAAGUCUUUUGCUCCACCUAGUGGCAUACAGACAGAACUGAAUUUGUACUAGCACUCUUGUUAAAAAAACCUAUUUUUUUUUUUCUCCAUUGUAAAUUUGCCUAAAAUUGGUUUAGGAGAUGGAGAUUGCAUAUUUAUUUUGAUGGUGGCGCAUUAUAAACAACAUAUAAGACCCAACCGAAAUGCUUUCCCGAAGCUUUUAGCCAAAUAUCUAAUUCGAAUAGGAGCAUAAUAUAGCUUUCACUUUAAAGCCAUUGUACUUGGUUGUUUAACUCGGUUUAUUAGAAUGCAAACAUUUCUCUGUCUUUGUUUCUUUUCUUAAAUGUAUUAUUUAGCAGAUUAGACCCAGUUAAGACAGUACACUGCCAAACAGACUACAUCCCAGCUGCUGUGUGAUGUGCAUUUUCUCAAAUUGGCAUUUUUAAUUAAGGUACUUUUUUAUUAUUUUAACCAGAGCUUUUCAGAUUUACAGUUUUUAUAAAUUUAUGCUUAUUUGAAUGUAAGAGAAACAAUAGGUCCCCUUUAAAUUUGUAUUGUUUACCUGGAAACACUAUAGUUUGUCUCAUUCUGAGAGUACUCGAACAAUGUCUUAUAUUUUCACUGGUCGUACAGUAUCUACCGUUCACAGUAUGUGUUGGAGAGAGUUGUCUUGAUUGUUUAGGUGCUCUUCAACUAUCAAUUCUGAGGUUCAUAAGGACUUUAUAUUUGGCUAUUUUAUUUUUUGUUUGGACGCUCUGUCCAGUCAUGCAUAAAUCAUGUAAUACUUGCUCAAAAUAAUCACAAGGAAACAUGAAAUGCUGUCAGUAUCUGAUGCUGGUAGUUAUGAAUGAUUGUUUAUUGUUCACAGUAGGAUUUUUAUUUAGAAAACUCCAGUGCAUUUAAUUUUUUUUUUUUUUAAUCUUGUAUUAAUGAUGGAAAACAACCUGAUCUGAUCACAGAGAUGGUUUGAGAAGUACAGCUUGUAUUUAUUGCACUUUUGUGAUUUGGGUGUGCUGUCUUUCUUUUUUCUUGUGAGACUUCUGAAAGCUGUGAAUUUUAUCAUCGACACUGUACUGUCAACCAGAAUUGUAAAUAUAUCACCAGCACAAUAGUAUGUUUUGUAGUUUCACAACAAAUAUAAAAAAAAAAAUCCUCUUCUAAUCUUUA